CGCUCCCUGAUUGGACUUGGAAUAUUAGGACAGUAUAAUAACAAAAUCUAUCAUAUAGACGAAAUUGAUUGGUCAGUGAAACCUAAUGACAAGUUUCUGAAACAUGAUGACACUGAGAUCAACUAUGGUGAUUAUUAUAAACAGAACUAUGAUAUCUUUUUGACUGAUUUAAAUCAGCCUAUGCUAGUAUCCUACUUAAAAAGAAGACAGGACAGUCUGGAACUUCGCACUGUCCACCUGGUCCCUGAGUUCUGUUUUCUGACAAGGAUCAGACCUGAGAAAUAUGUUACACGUCAAAGAGCUAUAGUUGGCUCAGGAAAUGAUUUAAAAUCACUCUUGGUGGUUGGGAUUGAUGCCUGUAAAGAUUCACUGAACAAGAGAAGCUCAGUAAUUGGACUUGUGGCCAGUACCAAUUCCAGAAUUACCAGGUGGUUUUCUCGCUGUAUCCUUCAGAACACAGGGACUGAUUUUGCAGAUGGUUUGAAAAUUUGCAUGAAAGGAGCUCUCAACAAAUGGAUGAUGUUUAAUCAUGAGUUGCCUUCAUGCAAAAUAGUAUAUCGAGAUGGCGUUGGGGACGGUCAACUGAAAAGAGUGGUUGAUUCUGAAGUUCCACAGCUGCUUAACACUAUGAGAGAAUUCAGUAGCUCUCGCAGUCCCAAAGUGUCAGUGGUUGUGGUCAGAAAGAAGAGUAUUGCCAAAUUCUUCACAGAACCACAGAAGGCUUUGGAGAAUCCACCUGUGGGCUUUAUGGUGGACUCAGAGGUCACUUGCCCUGAAUGGCAAAUGCAAUAUGAUUUUUAUUUGAUCGGUCAUUCAGUCCAUCAAGGCAUUGUCAGUCCCACAUAUUUUAAUGACAAUAGACUGAAGCCAGACCAUAUGCAAAGACUUACCUAUAAGAUGUGCCAACUAAUGAUUACUUUUCAGGGCGUAAUUAGAAUGCCUGUUCCCGGUCAAUAUGCCCACAAACUGACCUUUUUGGAAUCACAGAGCAUUCAUAAAGAACCAAGGUUGGAACUGUCUGAUUCUCUCUUUUACCUGAGAUGGAAAUGA